UUCAUUCCCGCCAAAUUCCAGUACAGAGAGAAUGACUAUUAGGCUCAAAUUCUCUAAAACUGAAGCACUCUCGCUUGACAAAUUCAUUAAAGCCCAGAAAAACCUCUCUCAAACCCCACCAAUACUCUGGUCAAAACCCCAAAUCACGGUCACAGACAACCAACAUGUAAACCACCCCAUUUUACAAGAACUAGAAUCAUGCACAAGAAUCAAAGACUUUCACCAAAUCCACGCACAACUCGUAGUCUCGGGCCUCUCUCAAGACUCUUUUGUCGCAAGUCGGGUCUUAAAAAAGCUUUGUACUUGUUUAAGCUCAGUUUCUCUUGCUGUUGUGUUCUUUGAUUGUCUCGAAGAACCUGAUGCUUUUUUGUGUAAUACUAUAAUGAAAAGCUUUUUGAGUUUGAAUGACCCGUCUGGUGCUUUAAGAUUUUAUCAUGAGAAAAUGCUGCCCAAAUGCGUUGAACAUAACCAUUAUACGUUUCCGUUGUUAGGGAAGAUUUGUGCAGAGGUUAGAUCUUUGAGAGAAGGUAAAAAGACUCACGCCCGGGCUGUGAAAUUUGGGUUUGAGUUGGAUUUGUUUGUUAGGAAUUCUUUGAUUCAUAUGUAUUCGGUUUCUGGGGAAAUUUGGGAUGCGAGGAGGCUGUUUGAUAAUGGGUCUGUGUGGGAUCUGGUGAGCUGGAACUCGAUGAUUGAUGGUUAUGUGAAAAAUGGUGAGGUUGGUUGCGCACGUCAACUGUUUGAUUUGUUGCCUAACAAGGAUAUUUUUACUUGGAAUUCGAUGAUAUCAGGCUAUGUGGAUAUAGGGGAUAUGGGGACAGCAAAAUGGUUGUUUGAUAUGAUGCCAUUCAGGGAUGUUGUUUCUUGGAAUUGUAUGAUUGAUGGGUAUGCAAAAAUAGGAAAUGUUACAUUAGCUCGUGAUUCUUUUGACAGCAUGGCUAUGAGGAAUGUGGUGUCUUGGAAUAUAAUGUUGGCUCUUUAUGUCCGAUGUAAGGAUUAUAACGAGUGUUUGAGACUUUUUGAUAGAAUGAUAGAAGGAGGGGAGGCUAGGCCAAAUAAGGCGUCUCUUGUGAGUGUCUUGACUGCAUGUGCAAAUUUAGGGACGCUUGAUAAAGGUAUGUGGACUCAUUCAUACAUCAAAAACAGUAGAAUUGAACCUGAUGUGUUACUGUCAACUGCUCUGCUGACAAUGUAUGCAAAAUGUGGGGCUAUGGAUUUGGCUAGUAAUGUUUUUAAUGAGAUGCCUGAGAAAAGUGUUGUGUCAUGGAACUCUAUGAUCGUGGGAUAUGGUAUGCAUGGGCAAGGAGAAAAAGCCUUAGAUAUGUUCACGGAGAUGGAGAAGAGAGGUUCAACACCCAAUGAUGCUACUUUUGUCUGUGUUUUGUCAGCGUGUACGCAUGGAGGAAUGGUAUUGGAGGGUUGGUGGUACUUUGAUCUUAUGCAACGAGUUUACAAGAUUGAACCGAAGGUGGAGCACUAUGGUUGCAUGGUUGAUCUUCUUGGCCGGGCUGGUUUGAUGAAAGAUUCAGAAGAGCUAGUUAGAAAGAUGCCUAUGGAUGCAGGACCAGCCUUGUGGGGAGCUUUACUUUCUUCUUGUAGGACCCACUCAAAUUCAGAACUUGGAGAGCUUGUGGCAAAGCAUCUAAUGGAAAUGGAACCAAAGGAUGUUGGCCCAUAUGUGUUGCUGUCUAACAUAUAUGCCUCAGAAGGGAAAUGGGAUGAUGUAGAAAAUGUGAGAAGGUUGAUGAAGGAAAAGAGAUUACAUAAGACAGUGGGCUUCAGCUUGGUUCCCCUAGGAGAAUUUGGUUCUGAAUCUACUGUGGCAAAUAAUUCUGCCCAUAGGAGAACUAUCGUAUACUCCAUGUUAGGUGAAAUAGGUACACAGAUGAAAUUGUCUGGUUGAAUUGCUUUGGGUUCAGUGAUUCACAAAUUGUUUAAAUUGAAGCUUUGUUCUCAAUAUUGUUUGUACAUUAUUGACAUGAAAUUUGGGGAAGAGAACUGUUAAUAACACGAAAACGCCUCUUCCCCUUCAAGAAGGCUACAAAUUGUCUGGGGUCUUCAAGAUAGCAAGCAGGAACCUAAGAGCACUGCAGCACCGUGCAAUUGUUUGUCUUUUGAAAUCCUGCGCACCAAUCACAGAAACCAACUUGAAGCACAUUUGCAACCAGCUUCCAAAAAGAUUAGCAAGGUUCUCAAUGCAGAACUUGUUAGACACACCACAACAUUGGGUGUGAGGGACACUGAAUGAGCGGCUGGGCGGCCCAUAAUGUGUGUUAACACCAGGGUACUUUAUAUAGAGCAGGCAGCAGAUCAUUCAACAAACACGAAGGGCCUGUUUCUAUUAAACAUACAAACUUAGAAGAGUUUCUGUGUGGUUGCAGGCGGUAUGGCUUAUAAGUGCUUAAUUCGUUUAUAAAUUAGUAUAAUGAGAUGUUCUUCUACCAUGUUGUAAUGCAAGAUUCUUAACAUAUGGUAUCAAAGCUAGAUUUUAGAUUCUACAGAAACUUGACGGAUGGUUAAAGAAUUAUGACUUCAGAAGGAGCAGAAUGAGAAGGGCAUCAGCUCCAGAUGGUGAACAUAUGGACAUAUUUAAGUAGCAAAUUUGCCCUUGUAGAUAGGUUUGAAUAUCCAACCGCUAUUAGUCAAAAUAAAGCUAUCGCAGCGUGCGGCAUAUUUUCUUGUUUUGUACAUCUGGAGUCUAAAGUAAAUCCCCUAAAGAAUCAAUGGGAGGUGUACAAUAAUUCUAGUCGUUAUACUUUUUGUUUUAUUUGUUUGAUAAUGGUUCCUGACGUUGUUCAUACAAUAAU